CAAUUUAGUCUGUGACCAGAACUAGUAGUGUAUACAGUGUUAAUGUUAACUCGUUGCGGUUUGGACUUGAUUAUUAGCUUAAUUUUUACGUGUUGUGAUUUUAUGACUACUGCAAUGUUAUAAAUUCUAAAAUAAACAAUGAUAACAAAAAUAUAAAGAUAUAAAAAUAUUUCGUAGACGUCUUUCUACAAUUCCACUUUCUCUUUGGUCUUAAAAAGAAAAAUUUCAAGAAGUUGCGCGCGAUUAAAAUUUAAAAAUGGAAUAUUUUAAUAAUUCUUCUGAGACAGACAAGCAGAAUUUCUUACCAGCCGAGUUAAGAGAAAAAGAUGAAUUUGUGAACGGUAGACCAAAAUUUAAAGAACCAUUCUGGAUUUUCGGAUAUGGUUCUCUCUGCUGGAAUCCUGGCUUUGAAUAUCAGCAAUCAGUAACUGGAUAUGUAAAAGGAUUUUCGAGAAGAUUUUGGCAGGGGAAUACUACACACCGUGGUACGGAUUCGAAGCCUGGACGAGUUGCAACAUUAGUUGAAGAUAAAGAGGGUGUCACUUGGGGCAAAGCAUUUCUUGUAGCAGCGGAUGACCACUCCGCUCUACCAUACCUCACAAAUAGAGAAUGUCAGUUGGGAGGCUACAGAACCUACACGGUACACUUUCAUCCGAAGUCCCUAUACUUUCCAACAAACCACUCACAUACUUCAAAUCACCUACAUAGUUCAACUUUCCCACAUAGUAUAAGCCAGAAAGACGCUGUUCUUUAUAUAGCAGUGCCGGAGAAUCGACACUGGCUGGGCGCAGCUCCCCUUCCAGAAAUAGCUAAACAAAUCUUAGAGUGCCGCGGUGCUUCCGGAUCUAAUGUUGAAUACCUCUUACGUUUAGCUGAUUUCAUGAGAGAAGAGGUACCUGAAGCGCUAGAUGAACAUCUUUUCUCAUUAGAAAGAUUAGUUAGGAAAUUCGCAUGUGAUAUGAAGAUCUGCCUACAGACUCUAAUGGUUGAUAAUAGAGUUGGCCCAAGUCAAGUGAGAGAAGGACAAAGUCAGGAAGAAGAAAAGGUUUCAAGUCUUCAAUUUGCUUCUAGAAUUCCUGAUAAGAAAUUGCGUUGUGUCAACAUGUGAUUUUGUUUGAUUUAAUGUUUGAACGUAUUUAUUGAUAAGUAUUUUUGCUGCUAAGCUCGAAGCGCUGGUUGCUCGUAGCAUAUAGAUUUUAUAUAGUAAAUUUUCCAACGUACAGCUUUUACUGACACAAUCACUUCUCCACGUUCUAUCCAAAGGCAAUUUGUCUUAAAGUUUUAGUUAACUUAGCAUUCCUUAACUCGUCUUCUAGAUGUUUUUGGGAUUUUGAAGUUUUUGGAAAUGUGACAAUUAGAGGAAAUAUUAUGACUAAGUUUUUAUUAUCUACCAAAUCAAAAUAUAGCUUUAUUCAAAUCGACAUUACGACGUUAGUGUAAGUUUUAAGGUAAAAGAUGACUACCCCACGCAAUGUAUAAUUAAAUCAUAUUAUUUGCGUGUGUGGCGACCAUGUUUUCUUUUGAAUUGUUUUAGUUGAGCAUAGCUGUGUCAUCAUUAGUUUCAUAAUAUUCAUUGUUCCUAGCAAUAGUUUGAUAAUAACAUUUGACAUAUGACAUGACAAUAUUAAAUAAAAAUGCUUUUCCUAUAGAGCAAUAAUCAAUUUCUGAUUCAAUUGUUUCAACAACAAUUACUUAAUAUAUUUUCUACUGUUUAUAUGUGAUAUCGCACUUUUUUCUGCGUAAUAGAAAAUUAUUACAUAUAAUUUCAACCAAUAAAAACUAAUAUUUUGACUUGUUGGACACAUUAUGAACACUAUUUUUUAAAUAGAAACUUGGAUAUAAAAUUCCGUAACUUUUUUAACCCAAAAUAAAAUGUUAGAAUAGAAAUUUUGUGUUAAUCAUUAAAAUAUGGUUUGGUAUUUAUAAAGAGAUUUUAGUUAUUAGCUAUUGUAUUAACUAGCUGAAAGCUGGUCUUAAUCUUAAGUUUUUUGCUAAUUCAUCCAAUGAGGACAAAGUUCUUAAAUCUAGAAAACAUUUCAAUACAAAGAAGAAAUGUAGCCAACAUUUGCCCGUUAAAUCAUUAUUUCUCAAAGUUUUGCAUGUGUUUUUAUGGUAUUAAUGUUUUCGUAUUAAAUUAGAUCAAAAGUUUAGAUCAUAAUUAACACAAUAGUCUCCAAAAGAAUUUGCCUAGAUUGUAAAUGCAAGAAUGUCGAAAGUAAUUCUACGUCCCUUUGUAAAAAGAUGAUGUAAAAAUUAAUUAACUAUUGUUACAUAUUUCAUAGUUGUAUACUACAGCAUCACAACCUCCAAUAAUAUGUCAUUUAGCAUAAGAAUAAUUUGAAUAGUGAGACAGUGCUAAGCGCUUUGAACACGCUUGACUUUAUCUUUUUACUUUUUUUCCUUAUUAUUAAAACUUGUGAUAACUAAUAUUUGUAACAAAGGAAUGUAUUUUUAUAUUGUAUUUUGUGUAAUAACUAUGUAAUGUUUGUUUUUUUAUCUGUAAGGC